AUGAAAGCCACGGCGGCUAUCUUGAUUGGGCUCGCUUGUAUCCAGAGCGCAGCCCAGAGUUCCGGUGGCCCAGGGGAAUGUCAGCAACGGUGUAUCAACGAUAUGCUGGGAAAGGCGGAGGAACUGGGUUGUACCAGCGGUGAUAUAACUUGUCUCUGCAGAACAGCAAAUUUUAAGUUUGGAAUCCGCGACUGCACUAUCGGUGCAUGCAAGGAAUCCUGGCAGUCAGCCGCGGGAAUUGCCGAUACAUUCUGCAAAGAAGCUUCCCCCUCUACAAGUCCGGGAGUCUCAGCUGCUUCCUACUGGCUGGCCGACAUAACACAUCAAGGCGUUGCUGCAUUCAACGCCAAUCAGUCUGGCUACAAAGUGUUCCGUAAUGUCCAGGACUACGGGGCUAAAGGCGACGGAGUCACCGACGAUACUGCCGCAAUUAAUCAAGCCAUUAGCGACGGUGGCCGAUUUGGCCCUGCCGGUCGUCGGACUUCAACGACGACUCCGGCGAUUGUGUAUUUCCCGGCUGGCACCUACGUUGUCUCGGCUCCGAUCAUCGACUUUUACUUCACUCAGCUGAUCCGAAACCUGGUGCUCGACUUGACAGCCAUCCCCGCCAGCGUGGAAGCCCGCGGCAUCUACUGGCCGACUGGACAGGCCACCAGCAUCCAAAACGUGCGUAUCCUGCUGAACUCGGAUUCGGGAACGCAACAUCAGGGUAUCUUCAUUGAUAGCGGCUCUGGUGGCUUCAUCACCGACGUGACGAUCAUCGGUGGGAAAUAUGGCGCAAACCUAGGAAACCAGCAGUUUACCAUUCGCAACCUUUCCAUCUCCAACUCGCAGGUCGGUAUCUGGCAGCAGUCGAACUGGGGAUGGACCUACCAGGGAGUCAACAUUGCCAACUGCACCACUGCCGUGGCUAUGACCAAUGAAGGCAUGGAUAAUCAGCAGGUAGGGUCCAUCAUCAUCUUUGACAGUACUAUUCAAGACUGUUCGGUCUUCGUGGACACUGUCUGGAGAGAAUCCACGUGGAGCAAUGGAAGCUUAAUCCUGGAGAAUGUGAAUCUCAAUAAUGUCCCUAUUGCCGUUAAUGGCUCCAGCGGUGCGGUCCUCGCCGGUUCUGCUAGCAACACUACCAUUAAGGCAUGGGGCCAGGGCCACCGCUACACGCCGUCCGGACCUACCAACUUUCAAGGGCCGCUAACACCGGCGACACGGCCCCCCUCCCUCCUGGUGCCUGGCUUAUCUCGUUACUAUACCAAAUCAAAGCCCCAGUACGAGUCAUACCCAGUUGCUUCGUUUGUGAGUAUCCGAAGCACCGGCGCGAAAGGAGACGGGUCCACCGAUGACACGGUUGCCAUCCAAGCGGCGCUGCGGUCGGCAGCCUCGGCUAAGAAGAUCCUCUUCUUUGACCAGGGCGUAUACCGUGUCACCGGCACAGUCUAUAUUCCUCCAGGCUCCCGGAUUGUCGGUGAGGCAUUCCCGGUGAUCAUGAGCAGCGGCAGUAAGUUCUCGAACAAGGACCAGCCCGUUCCGGUCGUACAGGUCGGGCGAGCCGGGGAAUCAGGAUCUGUCGAGUGGUCCGACAUGAUUGUAAGCACGCGGGGCUCGACUCCCGGCGCUGUGCUUGUCGAAUGGAACCUGGACUCAACUUUAGGCUCCGGUAUGUGGGAUGUCCAUGCGCGCAUUGGCGGCUUCGAUGGCUCUGAGCUACAAGUAGCGCAAUGCCCCAUGUCCGCUGCCCCCUCCGCUCAGUGCGAAGCAGCCCACACCACUGUCCACGUCACGAGCAGUGCGGCGAACGUCUAUCUAGAAAACGUGUGGAUCUGGACAGCGGACCAUGAUCUGGAUGAUCCAACUGAUACCCGCAUCUCGAUCUACACCGGUCGUGGACUGUUGGUUGAGGGUCGGAAUAUUUGGCUCUACGGAACUUCCGUUGAACACCAUUCACUAUAUCAAUACCAAUUCUCCGGCGCCCAGAACGUCGUGGCGGGAUUCAUCCAGACAGAGACCCCAUACUGGCAACCGAACCCAGACGCAGCGAGUGGCCCCUUCCCUUCAAAUUCCACCCUGAAUGACCCCGACUUCAACAACUGCCAAGCGGGGAGCUGUAAUGCACUUGGUCUCCGCAUCCGCGAGAGCCGGGACGUGGCCAUCUACGGUGCGGGGCUCUACAGCUUCUUCAAUAACUACUCGACAACCUGUUCAGAAGCUACCUCCUCGGAGAAGUGCCAGAGCGAUAUCUUCCGGGUCGAUGGAAGUGUACCUGGCCUGGUGGUUUACGCACUGAACACGAUCGGGACGACAAAUAUGGUUGUUCGGAAUGGGGAAAUACUGGCUCAGUAUGGAGAUAACAAGGCUUCUAUUGAAAGUGUCAUUGCAUACUUCACCACAGGUACACAGUAG